UAUUAAGUUGAGCAUCUAAGAAGCAACACAAGACAAGAAGGCUUUCUUUCUCUUUGAUUUUGCUUUGCGCCUAUGGCCCGUCGUGUUGACCCAUCGUUGACCGGUCGGGGGCGUGCAAAGUGCUGCUCUCGCUCAUCGUCGCGUUGUUGAUUCCCGCAACAAUGGGCGGACGCAAAACUAUUUAACGCGCGGAUAAAGUGGGGUUUCACAAAUUGGCCGCCAGUUGGUGGUGUGCGUGGUUUUUUAAUUUCAAAAAGAAGAAGAAGAAGAAGAAAAGAAAAUUAAACAAGUGCGCGUGUGUGUCGUUUUAUUUCUAUAUUAAUUCCAUACAUUUUUUCGCUUAAUAACUGAAAUAAAAAAAAAAAGUGUCUUGAACCCUUCGUUUCUCGUGUGUGUGUCAGUGUCUUUUCCACUCUUUGAAUCUCUUAGCUUGCUCUUAGCCUUAGCGAGAGAAGAAUUUGUUUUAUAUUGAGAAAGCCAAGUAGCAAGUUUCAACCUGCGACUCAUACACGUUCCUUAUUUCAUCUUCUUCUCUUUCUCUGUUCGUUCGCGUCUUUAAAAAUCCCCCCGAACCAUUCGCCGGAAAUUGAAAUUAUUUUUCUUUUUCUCUAAUACAAAAAAAUUAUCUUUCGCUUUUUUUUUUAAGGUUAGAAAAUCGAUUCUCGAUCGGAAAAAAAUAUCCCCUUUCUCUAUGUGACUCGGUGACUGUUAAUAUUAAUAUUAAUAAUACUAAAAACCUUAAAAACAAAAUGUGAAAAAUAAAUUUCUAAAAAAUUGUUUGAAAAAUAGAGGAAAAAUGUCACAUAACAUGUGGUGAGUGAUGUUGGACGCGUGAAUAUUGGAAAAAAGUGUAAACAUGUGAUAUCGAAAGGAUUAAAAUCCCUUUGUGGUGUUAAAUUACAAAAAAACGACGGAAGAGAAUUUUUCUCGUGGCUCUUGCGAAGUGAGAGGUUUUCAAAAUAGGAAUUCGUCUCUUUUUUUACCGAAAAACAGCUGGAGUGCUCGAUGUUACCUUGAAAUUUCUUCUAAAUGGGCGAAUAAAAAAAAAAGUGAGCAUGGAGAGAGGAGAAGAAGUUUACGAGGGUUCUUCUAUCGUCGAGGGAUGAAAGUGAGAGAAAAAGAUGGCAACAAUAUCGGUCGAGGCAGGUGCUGAACCAAUGGCCUUAGAAAUGUCGGCAGGUGCAAAUUUAGGGACUAUUCCACGUCGUGUAAAUCUGGAAUUUCCACCACCACCAACGUAUCCACCACCUCACAAUAAUCAUACAAAUAAUUGUUCAAAUAUUCUCGUUGAUAAUUCCUGUAGUAAUAUGUCAAUGAUUCCCACCUUACCGAGUGGUUCACGUCUCAGACAAUAUCAAGACUAUUCAUACGCUUAUUAUGAACCAAGUACAAGUGCAAUUAAUAAUUCAUAUCCAAUGGAGUCAACAAAUCCGUUUAUUCAUCAAAAUAUCGAUAAUAUUGACGCCUAUCAUAACGUAUCGAAUCCAUUUUCUCUCGACAUUGCCAAUUCUUAUUCAGGCGAUAAUAAUCAAAGGCGAAUUUAUCAACAAAAUCAUUAUCAAUCGAAUCAUUAUGUUACGAAGGAAAUGAAUCCACAAAAGAGGCAUACUUACGUAACACGUUAUGGAACCGAGGAGAAUAUCUACGAGGAAAUUUCAGAUCUUGGGCGUCAAUGUCCUCGAUCGAUUCGUGGAUCCAGACAAUCGUUGGUAGCCGAGGAAGUGCGUCGUGUACAAUAUCGUCAUCGACGUGUCCUCGGUGAAUUAAAUCUCAGCGUUGAAGCAAUGCUAAUGCCAAAGACAAUCGAAGGAACGGAGAGCAUUGCCGAAAAUCCAAAGGACACAUCAACUGACGAACUACUCGGCAAUAUGAGUCCAACCGAUCAACUCUUAUCACCAAUAGCCUGCGAUUUAGAUUCUGGUUUUAGUGGCAGUUCCAGUGCAAGUUACAGAUCUGGACUUGGCUCCCUAAGAAGAGGAGUCGUAAAUCAAAGAAAUAAUAAUUACGAGGCAAAUCAACGGAAAACAAAGGCGGCUAUGAUCUGGAAAAAGGGUUGGAAGAAGUUACAGGCCUUGGGAAGUAAUUCAGAGAAGCAGAAAAAUGACGAACCAAGGUCGAGGUGUCGAUCAUGGGAUGACGUGGGACCAAUUGCAAUGGACACAGUCAGUCAGCACGGCAGACAUCAACGUCUUCCAAUGGAGCCAAUUGGGUCCAACACGUCGACGCGCUCCGCCAGGAGUGAGGAUUCCUGGUGCUCAGCAUCCGAUCACGAUCUCUCCUCCGACGAGGAGAGUGAAAAAAGUAGUGUCAGUAUUAAGAGCAAUUGUCAGUUAAGAAAUACAAUUCACAAGGCGCGAACGCUUUGCGAUAAAUGGCGAUCGCAAAAUAUGCGAAUCAGUAAUCCAGAAACAUUGGAGCAAUGUAGUCAGGGGAAAAUUUUGAGAUGGUUCAGUAUUCGAAGAGGAUCGCCACAUCAAUACGAUGUCGAUACGUCGGACACGGUCUCAUUAACCAGUCCAGUGAAGCCACCUCAGAUGCCUCAACUCUCCGAGGUGGAAGAAGAAAGUGGACCCUUAGGACAAUUUCAAAGCAUUCAACAACGACGACAAGUUCCACCUUCCUUGCCACCUGCGCCUUCGAAUUUAACGGCGCAACAAUUAAAACGCAGAUAUAUUAUCGCAGCAAUUGUUCACUCCGAGAAUAGUUACGUUUCCACUUUACAAAGGCUCGUAAAUGACUAUAAGAAGCCAUUGGAGGUAUCGUCGCCGCCAAUUUUAAGUCAAUCGAAAAUAGCGACACUGUUCCAUCGACUUCCGGAGAUUCUCCAAUGCCACACCUUAUUUCGUAUCGCGUUGGCUGAAUGCGUAAGAUCAUGGGACAAAGACGAGAAACUUGGCGAUGUUUUUGUCGCGAGUUUCAGCAAAGCAAUUGUCCUCGAUAUUUACAGUGAUUUUAUCAAUAAUUUCUCAGUUGCAAUGGACCUCGCCAAACAGGAAUCAAAACGAAAGACUGCACUCGCCGAUUUUUUCAAGGUGAAACAAAUCAGCGCUCACGACAGAUUAUCAUUUUUUGGACUGAUGGUGAAACCGGUUCAAAGGUUUCCGCAAUUUAUUCUAUUUUUACAAGACUUAUUGAAACACACGCCACAUGGACAUCACGAUAGAAUGUCAUUGCAAUUGGCGUUGACGCAACUCGAGAGUUUAGCUGAAAUGCUAAACGAACGUAAACGAGAGGCCGAACAAUUUCAAGCAUUCAAAGAGAUGCUGCGUCAAGUGUCCGGGAAAUUGUCACAUCGACCACUUUCCUCCUCCUCCAGGUACCUGAUUAGAGAAGACGACGUCACUCAAUUGGAGUUCAAUCAAAAUGGAAUGAUCACGAAAUCAAAGAGAAGACGACUUUUAUUAUUAAACGAUUUGGUUGUCUGCGUUUCCGUGGCCUCACGCGCCACGGAGGAUUUUUCCGGAAACGAAAGACUAACACUAAAGUGGACGCACCCUGUGUCGGAGGUCGAGAUUCAAGACACGAGUGCAUCGCCAACGUUGAGUCGAUUAUUAACAGCAGGUCUCAAUAAAGGAAAUAGUCUCCGUUCGGACAGAAGUGGCGAGAGCGGUCAACUUGGCGCCGACGGUCUCUGCGCCGAGAUGAACGAUCUCAUGCACGACUACGAAGUCAUGUCGAGAGUCAAUGACCUGGUGGCUCAACUCAAAGGAACCUAUGAUGGAAUGACACUGGACACGACGAAGCAACUAUUGCAGUCGAUUCAGUCGUCAAUUCAGCAGAAGGACGAGGUUAUGGUUUGGGCGGACAGUUGUUGUUUGCAAUUGAGCACCAAACAGGGGCAAAUGUACACAUUUCAAACGGACAAUCCUCUAGUGAAGAAAGAUUGGAUCACGGAAUUGAGACUCGCUCAAUUGGCGCUCGAUCCGAAUAAUUCGCCGUCGUGGGAGGUGCCCGAGCAGGAGCAGAGGCCGUCGACUAAAAUGCCGCUAUUUGUCAGUUCACAGCCGGUUUAUCAGUCGCAACAUCAAACCGAAGUCCGUUGCGGAUGUCACUACACCACCCAAAAUCCAAAACCAACCCGACGACGCGGCCGACAUCAAAGUUACCUCUGGAUAUGCACCGGCGACGACAUAUCGAGUCACGUGACAGUAUUCAGUCAAUCGACAACCGCCUCCACCACAUCCCUAAAACAAAUCGCCACCUUCGAUCUAAUCGAAACCCGCAUCGCUGCCAUGGAAUUCGUCAAAGGCCUCCCGGGCGAAACUUCAGGUCUCCUCACCGACACCGUCUGGAUGGGCACCGAUUCCCGAAAACUCCUCAUUUACCAUGCGGCCGAACCUGAAAAACAUGAGGAAAUUGGUAGUUACGCGGUUUCGGGGGCUGUUGCGGAAAUUAAGUAUCACUACGAUAAUGUUUUUGUCGCUCUAAACACUGGUUCGCUGCUCAUGUUCCGUAGACAGUGCGAUGGUAGUUGGCAGAUGCGCGAACCCCUUCUGGUUCAACUAGGAAACGAACCGACUUCUUGUCUAAUGCCGAUCAAUUCCUCCGUGUACGCCGCGUGUGGUAAAAAAGUCUGGGUCCUAAACGCUCUCUCCGGCGAAGUGACGAAGAGUUUCAGCGUCCAGCACGAGCAUGUAGGUAGUGUAAAACUAAUGGCCCACUCCGGAGUCGGGCUCUGGGUCGCUCUCCGAAAUUCAAGUACCGUUUGUCUCUACCAUACGGAGACGUUCAAACAUCUUCAGGACAUAAACAUAGCGUCGAAUGUCCUACGCGUCAUCAAAUCCCCGGAGAAUUUGAAUAACAAUUACCAUCAAGCGAGUGUCACAGUGACCGCUUUAUUAGCCUGCAAAGGUCUUUUGUGGGUCGGCACCAACUGCGGCAUUAGCCUCACGAUCCCCUUGCCGCGUCUCGAGGGCGUUCCCAUAAUUUCCGGCCGCGUUAACAUUUCCUACCACGCGCACUUUGGCCCCAUCACAUUCCUCCUCGCGAUACAGAAUCGGAACAAUUUUAACGCCGAGGCGAAUCAAGAGGCCGAAGAGUGGACCGAGGAGCGAGCGUGGGAGGAGGAAGAGCCCCCGACGCCGAAGGAGCAAAAGAAGAACGAAUCGGUCGUGAAGCUACGUCACCAAUUAGCCGAAAGUCCCGUAAUGCUGCGAAGAAAGCGCGGGAAGAGCGAAUUCAGGGGAUCGAAGACCUUACCCCGUGGUUUGGGCAGCUCUGGCGGGAGUUUUUUGUCGAAUUCAACCUCGAGUUCACAGAGUUCGGGCGAAAACUGCGACGUCUACGGUUUGUACGGCGAUUUGAUGUACUGUAAGGACUACGAUAAUGAAAACCCCUCGGGGAUCGAUCCGGUGUACGAAACACUAAGGCGCAGUGAUCCGGAACUUGCGGCCAUACCCAGUAAGGUCAGUACACUAGACCGACGACUACAGAUGAAGAUAACUCGACCUCGAUCUUUGGAUCUAUCGAACUGGUCAGUGGAUUCACACGCGAGCUCCCUGUACACCAGCUCCGGGUCCGAGGAGAAUUUGAGCCUAAAAGCGGGGAGGUUGUCGAGGAAUAGCAGUACGGCGAGUAGGAAUGGGCCGUACGAUAAGGAGUGGAAACGGGGGGCGACCACGCCCAAGGAGGAGAAGACCACGCCUAGGGAGGAGAAGGGGAAGAGUGUGAGGAAGGAGAGGGGGAAGGAGGAGGAGAGUAGGGCGAGUGGGGCGACGAAUGAGAAGAAGGGGGCGGGGACUAUGGCCACGCCCACUGCGGCUACGGCGGCGACAGCGACGACGAAGAAGAAGAAGAGUGGGAAGAAGACGCCGAAUCAGGAUCAACCAAAGCGAACGGUUCUCACGCUAAUGGGAGGGCGGGGCUACGUUAACUGGCGGCAAUUGAAUACACAGACUGAGAAAAAUAAUCACAAGAGUGUGAAUAAUUAUUCCAAGGAUCCGAAUAGUAAUGACGCGCACAUUGUUCUUUGGGAAAUGAAAUUGUGAUGACUAGAGAGAGAGAGAGACGUUCUUUUUUUACGUUUACAUUUCUUUUUCUAUUUUCUUUUU